AUGGAAUUCAUAGUGGGUGGCACGUCUCCUUCAGGAUCAGGAUCCGUGAGGCGUGCCGUGCGUAGUCGCAGUGCCUCGCCACGUGCCGCAACUACCGAGUUCAGUCCAAGUUCGGCCGCUUGGUGUGUCUCCUCAAAAGAGACGUCGACUUCGGCAGGAGCAAUUCCUUCUGAGUCUACUUCGAAGACAACUGACACAGAGAUGAAAACUGCUAACGGAAAGUCGGCGCUUUCGAAGACUGCUGAGAAUGAGGCAACAGGUAAAAAUAGUAGGAGAGUCAAUAGUAGUAAACCUACGAAUGGAAAAGAUCAGUUUUUUG